UAGCAAUUUUCUCAUUUCAUUUGCUCUAUCAUUCAUGUAACCAUUUAGUUUGCUUCAAUAUUUUCAAACACAAGUUUAGCUCCUAUAAUAACGAAAUGGAUUAAAUAUACCCAAGCAAUGACAGUUCCCCAUAGCAUUCGAUAAAAAUAAAAAUGAAUGUACAAACCAAGAAUUAAUCAAGUUGACCCGUAAAGUUGUGCAGGGCAAGAACUACUGAUCUAUUACAGUAAAUAGUUUGCUUCACUAAUCAUGCAUUGUUGGAUACGAAAAGAGAGAUAGAAAAAAAAACAGGUAGAACCGAAUGCAAUCACCGCUGCAUGGAAGUUUCCAAAAAGUAAAUCUCUUUUGCUGACUAGAUACCUACGAAGGCGUCUGAACUUUGACCAGUCACAUUUUGACCCCCGCCGAAUGCACGUCGGGUUUUCUCCAGCAGCAGCAAGAUGACACCAGAAGACUAUAUCAACAAACUGCCAACGGAACUUUUGUACAAAGUGUUCGACUACCUGAACUUCGAGCAACAAAUGGUGGCAAUGGCAGUUUGUCAUCGAUGGAACAAAAUACUAUCGAACGAGUAUUACAUUGCUCGCCGCCGGUUUUGUUUGGACACGUGCAACCUGAAUGGAGACAGUUCGCUGCUGCAGAAGAUGAAACAGUACCGAGCGUUCACGAUCAAGGAUUCCAACAGAGAUAGACGCGAGUUUUUGGAGCCGUUGAGGAAGUUUCUUUUCUGUCAUGAAGUGGCCGAAAAAGUGGAGGAACUCCGGUUGGAGCUAUUCUGGUAUUCUCUGUCGGAUCUACUGGGAGACAAUAAUGUAUUGUACUUGCCGAAGCUUGAGAAGAUCAGCUACUUGUCGUCGAUUUGGGUUGAAGAACAGGAUCUGCUACAGUGUAAAGUGGUUGCCCCAAAUUUAAAAACAGUGAUCCUGGAAGACUCAAAAAAAUCCGGCAACCCUUUGAUACAGAUACUGAAUAAUCAGAUCGAGACCUUGAGUGUCCGGUUCAUCAACAAGAUGCUGUUGUUUGCAACAAUCGGAAAUCUUCCUUUCACAAGCCUCACAAGUUUGACUUUGAUGGCCCAGCAAGGGAGCCUCCUUUUUCGGGAAGCAGACUUCCAUGCGUCCCACUUGCAGAUCUUCGGGCGCUUAACCUAUCUGAGAAUCAGUGACGAGAAAAACGUAUUCUAUUUGAUCUACAGACUGAUACUCCGCGAAGCGAAGAAUCUGGAAACGCUUAUCAUCAAUGGACGUAAAAUGAGCGAAGAGGCAUUCAAUCAGAUUGAUCGGCUGAAGAAACUGCAAGAGUUAUGCCUGAUGGUAGACAUUCAGAAAUCACAAUCUCUGGCGAGACUUUCGUUGCCAAUGUUGAAAGUAGUUACGACUUACGCUGGUUCGAUCAUCCCAUUGGGAAGCGUACCCAAUUUAAGGUGUAUAUCCGUUCGGAAUUAUAAACAUCCAUGGGAACCGUAUAGGCUCACCGAAGAUGCCGUCAAUUGUGGCAUAUUUAUACCUCAUCUUCAAACCUUGAAGCUGAUCAAAGUGGUUUUGGAUUCCGUUUUUAUAAAACAUAUUUGCUCGAUAACGGGUUUGAGAACCCUAGAGCUGGUGCAAGUUAGAAUGGAAUCCAAACAUCUUCGAAGGAUCUUCAGUACGUUGAAGGAUCUUCAACGCAUUCGAUUGGAGUGGUGUUAUUUAAACGAGGUAAUUGCAACACAGGGAGACCAAUCCAAUCGAGGAAGCAGCACGACUGAUGAAGAUGACGAUGAUAAAGAUAAUGACAACAACGAAGAAGAGUACAAAACGGACUGCGUUCGUAUGCUACAGGUACAGUAUCCUGAUCGAAGGAUAACGAAUCUGCAAAAUCGGGUUGUGCGUAACGUGAUGCGGCCGCAAACGAUGAACCAGAGGGUGAUGCUACCACAGUAUUGGAGACCGUUUUAAAAUGUAUGAUUUGAUUGCUGUAUUAAAAUUUACACCAGUAAAAAUCGACUCAUGAUA